CAGCUACGUGUCUUUUACUAUAAUGAUAAGCUUAGAGCUUACCUGACUUGGUACCGGAUCGCACGUUUGUUCAUUUCUGCUAGUUUUCCAACAGUCGACUGCAAUUACAACAGAUACAACAUAGGUAUCAUGGCUGGAGAGUCGCAGCCCCAAGACGUGAGUCUACUGGUACCUGAGGAACUACCUCAGACCUUCACAGUCAAGUACCUCGGUCACGCGGAGUCCAGGGGGCUCUGGGGCAUCAAGAACACAAGGGCUCCAGUCGACAGACUAGUGGCCCUGGCAAAGCAACCUGGAGCUGUGCUGCCAGUCAUGAAACUAACGAUAUCAACCACAGGCUGUACGUUGUCAGCUGGGGGUGCAACCCGCCAUCACCCUAUAGACACGGUGUCCUACGGAGUACAAGACCUGGUGUAUACCCGUGUCUUCAGCAUGAUUGUGGUUCACGACAAGAUGGACAGAAGUCCCUUCCAAUGCCAUGCGUUUGUUUGCGAGAGUCGCCAAACCGCUAGGAAAGUUACCUACUGCCUCGCCACUGCUUUCCAGGAGUACAGCAAGAGCGUGCGAGCGACAGAGUCAGGGAAGAAGUUUGCCAUUGACUUGCGAAGCCCAGAGGAUCUAGAAGCUGAACUUCGAUCUGCAGACUGUUCUGAAGCAUGAUCUAGAAGAAACACUCCUCGCUGGACAUAACUUUGCUAAAUACCUGAACUAACCGUCCAUCGUACAACCAACCCUUCUAUACACCAAGUUGGUAGACGGCAAAAGCCUAACUGAAACUUUCAUGUUGAACACUGAUGACCUUGUUGGUCACUUGCUUGGAUAAUGUUUUUGAAUCUCUGAAUAUACCGAUUCAAACCUUUAUUUGCUAAGCCUUAAACCACUUUAACAAGUGAGUGUGUUUUCAAUUGGGAUCAGAUUAUUACGGUAUGUGCUAAAAAAAUCGAGAAUGGUUGUAGCUUGAAAAAGCAAAUUCCGAUGUCAAAUUUAAAACUAAAAGUAAAAAUAUUAAUGAAGACUGAAGUUAAAUUUAGACUAAGUAAAAUAAAUGAGGAUUUGUAGGUUAAAGCUGGUAAAUAUCAUUAGCUAUUCAUUUUUAAUCGAAGUAUUCUGUUCUGCUGUGUGCUUCAUUAGUUAUUGUAGUACAGAAAUGCAGAACUACGUUCUAAAGUUAACAAAUUAUGCAGUUACAUUUAAAUAUUUCAAAUCUAGUUAAUUCUUAGCCACACUACACUCCUACUGCCUUGUUUUAGGCUAAGUGUAAAAUAUCAUUUAAUUGUUUAUUCAUCACUUCGAAGCCAUUACGGUCUGAAAUAUGACUUUGGUAGUAUUGGUUCUAAAAUAUGUCCUAACGAAUCAUGUAAAAUAAUUUCAUAAUGAAAAAUGUGUGUCUAAAACUAACCAUCCAAAGAAACUUAAGGGAUGAAUAUGCCCUUUAUGAGUGUAGGAGUUUUGCCAACGGGUAUCAGGUAGAAAGGGUCCCCAUCCAUGAAUUCCACAUACUGCGGAGUUUUGCCAACGGUUGUGGGUUGAGCGAGAGCGAUUACACGUGACCGUGAGAGUGGCUUCCGCUAGGGGUGGAAAACCAGGCAGGAUGCUGACUGUAUUCAAAGUAAUGGAGUUAUGCACCUCUGACUGUGAAAGGAAAUGUAUUGAAUUUUUAACCUAACCUAACCUAACCUAACCUAACCUAACCUAACCUAACCUAACCUAACCUAACCUAACCUAACCUAACCUAACCUAACCUAACCUAACCUAACCUAACCUAACCUAACCCACUGCGACAAGCGCAUAACUGCUAAGCGUAGACAACCCUGACAAUCGCUCUCCCUCCCUCCGUCACACUCUUUCUCCCACCACCACCGUUGGCAAAUCUCCGCACCAAGAGGUGGCCGAAGGCAUCCCCCCCAUCUACCUGACACCCGUUGGCAAAACUCCGGUUCCCGCCCUUUAUAACUAAUGCGCACUUUACUAUACUGUCCUAGUGUGGAAAUCUACCGCAUUUGAAAAAAAAUGCAUAGUGAAUUGAUUUGCAAUGCAAAUUUGUCUUUAAGAAUAGCUACUGUGUUAUUUUGUGUUACCUUAAUAUUAAGUUAAUUUAUACUUAACAGAGAUUAACUUAUGGAAAAUCGUAUCCAAAUAAAUUUUAUUUUAAGGUUAAAAAAUAAAUUGUAAAUAUAAGCUAAUUACAAUCUUAUCAUUAA